AUGUGGGGUAGUCAUCAACUAGAUAUCAAAGAGCACCUUAAUAGACCAAACGAACCAUAUUAUAAGUUUUCACCGUCUGCAUCGAUGGCUUAUUAUACUUAUCAACGUUAUAGAGGUCGAAAUAUUUUAAGAAGAAUGAAUCAAGCUGAGGAUCAAUGGACAAAUCUGGGAGAAUCACCUGUCUUUCGACCUGUUAGGUCAGCUUUAGACCUUUCAUCGUCAACAUGGGAUCAUUGUAAUACUCUUGUUCCUCGACAAGUUAAUAAUAUAAUGAGUUAUACUGGUCCACCUACAGAUUUAAGUUGGAAUAGUUUCAUUCUUUUUCCGAUGUUAAUUUAUCCAAUAUAUUUUCUUUUUACCAUUCCAACAACAAUUAUUACUUUUCUCUUAUUAUACUUUCCAAUGGUUUGUAAAUUUGAAUAUGCACUUUGGAAAAGUAAUAUUGGAUUUAAUGCACGUUAUAACUUUACAUCAUUUAUCACUACGGUGACUGGAUCCAUUCUAAUACCAAUACUUGUAUUAUUAGGGGAUAUAAUGUUUUUUUGUGUAGUAUUAUGUGCAAGUACUGGUGCAGUUUUUAUGGUUAUGUUUAGAUCAUUUGACGAAGGACUUGCAUUUUGUAGUAGAGUUGCGAUGGGUGUACCAGAAACUUACCUAGAAAUGAUUUUAGAGAAAUGA